AUGGAGUUCAUGAUGGAGGGUCUAAAGGUUUCUAGUGUGAGCUACUCUAUAUGUGAUUCCACAUUGCCACACAAUUCUACAGGAUGUUUGGUAUCGACGCCAGUAAUGUGCAAAGAUGGAAAUAAUUUCUCAGACAUUAUCAAAGGAUCAAUCCCAAGUUCAAUGAUUAUUAGUUGGCCAGCCAAUACAAGUACCAGUGACUGUGAGCAAGCAUGCAGGAGCAACUGUUCAUGUGUUGCAUAUAUUUCUUCAAGGGAUAAUGUGACUCGAUGUGAACUUUUCUAUGGAAACAAAGAUGAUCUUCUUAGCAACAUUAGGAGAGGAAACAAUAGCAUCUAUGUGCAUGAAAAUGAUUCGAUAUCUGGCACAGGAGAAGUUCACGCAUCCCAGUUAAGUCCAAACAAUGAUCCUAGCAUAGAAGAUGCUAUUGAGCUUGGGAGGAAGAACGAUCAUGAGCUUCACCUGCUUAGUUUUAUUAGUGUGGUGGCAGCUACUGAUAAUUUCUCACCUUGGAAUAAGAUUGGAGAGGGUGGUUUUGGACCUGUUUAUAAGGGGAAGCUACAAGGUAAUGACAUUGCAGUGAAAAGGCUUUCAAAAUAUUCUGGACAAGGAUUAGGAGAGUUCAAGAAUGAGGUACAGUUAAUUUCUAAGGUACAGCAUAGAAAUCUUGUCAAGUUUUUGGGUUGUUGCAUUGAGCAAGAGGAAAAGAUCUUAAUCUAUGAGUACAUGCCUAACAGAAGCUUGGACUUCUUCAUCUUCGAUCCAAUAAAGCAACUGCUACUGGAUUGGAAGAAAUGCAAAUACGUCAUUGAAGGGAUUGCUCAAGGACUUCUUUAUCUCCACAAGUACUCUAGAUUAAGAAUUAUUCACCGCGAUCUCAAAGCCAGUAAUAUCCUAUUGGAUGACUAUAUGAACCCCAAAAUAUCAAAUUUUGGCAUGGCAAGAGUCCUUUUCGAGAACGAAAGUAAAAUCAAAACGAAGAGGGUUGCUAGAACAUAUGGUUACAUGUCUCCUGAGUAUGCAGUGCAUGGCCUUUUCUCAACGAAAUCUGAUGUAUUUAGCUUUGGAGUGAUUUUGUUGGAAAUUAUAAAUGGCAGGAAGAAUGCAACUUUUUAUCAACCAAACUACUCAAUGAACUUAUCAGGAUAUGUGGGUCUGUUGUGUGUUCAGGAAAAUGCAGAGGACAGGCCAAACAUGUCGGAUGUUGUAUUAAUGCUGAGCAGUGAAAGGGAGUGUUUAUCUGAGCCUAAACAGCCUGCAUACUCUACUAUUCUAAAUGCAGCAGCAGAUGGUAGAUCAAUUUCAACAAUGCAAAACCCUUCUCCAAAUCUUGCAUCAAUUUCACUAGUCGAAGCAAGAUAA